AUGGUGGUGGACAAGCAGUUUGCAGAGGAGGCCAAGGAAGGAAGCGACGAGGGGCCUUUUUAUUUUGCAAGCCGUGCAAUCGAAAGCCGAGGCGGAGGGAGCAGCCGAGGGCCCCGGGGGCAGGACCAUGGCCACGCCGGGCUCCAACGCCGCCGCCGUGGGGGGUUCCCGGCCGGGCAACCCCAGCCGCCGCCCCAGCAGCAGCAGCAGCAGCAGGCCUCGCCGGCCGAGCAGAAGUUCCAGCCGCCCCCCGCGCAGCCUCCGCCGCCGCCACCCUCCGCAGGGGCGCAGCAGCCUCCGCAGCAGCCUCCGCAGCAGCAGCCCCCCCCGCCGGCGCCCCCCGCCCCGCGCCCCGACCAGCAGGACGCCUCCUUCCUGCCCCUCGUCCACGACAUCAUCAAAUGCAUGGAUAAAGACAGCCAGGACGUCCACCAGGUGUUGAGCGACCUGCGCACCAAAUUUGUGGAGAUGCGCAAGCUGAUCAAGAGCAUGCAAGGCAUCGGCGUGAGCCCCGAACACCAGCAGGAACAGCUCCAGAACCUCCGGGAGCAAGUCCGGACGAAGAGCGAAUUGCUCCAGAAGUACAAGAGCUUGUGCAUGUUCGAGAUCCCCAAGGAGUAGGGAGGAAGGAACUCGAGGCUUGGGCGAGCAUGGGGGGGCGGCCGUGUGAGCAGGGCGUGAUGUGUCCAACUCGUAGAUGUACUUAUCGGGUGCCUUAAUGCUCUGUUCCUGGAGGCACGUAAAACUGGGUUGGGCCAUGGCACACCUAGAAAGCUAGCCUCUCAGGGAGAAGGAUUUAUCCUGCGGGGAGUUUUUUUUCCCAGUGUGAGGGUUCUGUUCCGACAGGAGAGUGUGCCGCGACAGUCCUCAUCUUGCUGUGUGUAAAAAUUGGCCAUGGUGGGUCUUUAAAAGGGGGAAACGUGCAGAGACAGGCCUGUAGAAGAUAAACGGGUUGGGGACUUCGAUAUCACUACAGAGAAAGAAGAAACAUUGUGUUUAUUAGGAAACAUGGGGUUAGAACACGGGGUUAGAAUCUAGAAUGGCCUUUGGUCUCGACUCUCGAGUGUUAGUGAGGACAACAGAAAUGGAGGAAGAAAUUUAGACGUGUCUGUAUAUAUAUUUGAGGUUAAUUUUUUAAACUAAUAAACUACUUGUUUCUGGGAUAGUUUAAAUUAAAAAAAUAAAUAAAUGUAGCAGCGGUUGCAGAACGUUCUUUGCCCCACAGCUGAGUAGAUCUCGCUUCCUCAGAGAAAAAGGCUUU